GCACGCAUCUUGUAGAUCUUAAAAAAAAAAAAAAAAAAAAAAAAGCCAAAUAAACCUGUUUCUUGAAUAAACCAAUACAUUUCUGAAGUUAAAAAGAAUCCCAAAGGAAACAGGAAUUGACAGCUUGGGAGCUUGAUUUUGGAAAAAAAAAAAAUUUUUUUUUAAUUAAAAAACCCCUAAUCUCCACAUUUUUUGCUAGGCGAGAACCGAAGUUUGGAGGUAGACGAGCAGGCGAGCGGUUUGCCCGGGCGCAGAGCAUGAAGGCCGGGCGGGCGCGGGGAGCGGGCGCCCGCCGCCCGGCGCGGGGGUGAGCGAGAGAGAGAGCGGAGCGCGUGUGGCCGGCGCCGCUCGGCCGGGAGCUCCCGCGCCCGCGCCCCGCGCCCCGCGCCCGCCGCCGCCGCCGCCGCCGCCCCUGGUGCGAUGGCGCAGAAACCCCGUUGACAAGGCACUGCUUUUUCAUGACGUUGUCAUGGAUGAUGACGACGACUCGUGUCUCCUUGAUCUUAUUGGAGACCCACAAGCAUUGAACUAUUUUCUACACGGACCUAGUAAUAAAUCUAGCAAUGAUGACUCAACUAGCACAGGAUAUUCUGCAGCCAAUUCAAAUUCAAUUUUCGCCAACUCCAGUAAUGCUGAUCCUAAGUCAUCCCUCAAAGCCGUAAGCAACCAGCUUGGAGAAGGGCCCAGUGAUGGACUGCCACUUUCAAGUAGCCUUCAGUUUCUUGAAGAUGAACUUGAGUCUUCUCCUCUUCCCGAUCUCAGUGAGGACCAACCUUUCGACAUUCUUCAGAAAUCCCUGCAGGAGGCCAAUAUCACUGAACAGACCUUGGCAGAAGAGGCAUAUUUGGACGCCAGUAUAGGUUCAAGCCAACAGUUUGCACAAGCCCAGCUUCAUCCUUCUUCAUCAGCAUCGUUUACUCAGGCUUCUAAUGUUUCGAAUUACUCAGGUCAGACGCUGCAGCCUAUAGGGGUGACUCACGUGCCUGUUGGAGCAUCAUUUGCAAGCAAUACGGUGGGGGUGCAACAUGGCUUUAUGCAACACGUGGGGAUCAGUGUGCCCAGCCAGCAUCUGUCUAAUAGCGGUCAGAUUAGCGGUUCGGGUCAGAUACAGCUAAUUGGCUCAUUUGGUAAUCAACCCUCCAUGAUGACUAUUAAUAACCUAGACGGAUCUCAAAUCAUAUUGAAGGGCAGCGGGCAGCAAGCCCCAUCAAAUGUGAGCGGAGGACUCCUGGUUCACAGACAGACUCCCAAUGGCAACUCCUUGUUUGGGAGCUCCAGUUCCAGUCCCGUAGCACAGCCUGUUACCGUUCCAUUUAACAGCACAAAUUUUCAGACGUCUCUACCUGUGCAUAACAUCAUCAUACAGAGGGGUCUUGCACCAAAUUCAAAUAAAGUCCCGAUCAAUAUCCAGCCAAAGCCUAUCCAGAUGGGUCAGCAGAAUACAUACAAUGUGAACAAUUUGGGAAUACAGCAGCACCACGUUCAACAAGGGAUCUCCUUUGCCUCCGCCAGCUCACCCCAGGGCUCCGUAGUUGGUCCGCACAUGUCUGUGAACAUCGUAAACCAACAGAACACAAGGAAACCAGUCACCUCACAGGCAGUGAGCAGCGCUGGGGGUAGUAUCGUUAUUCAUUCUCCCAUGGGCCAGCCUCACACACCCCAAAGUCAGUUCCUCAUACCCACAAGCCUUUCUGUCAGUUCCAACUCGGUACAUCAUGUCCAGACCAUAAAUGGGCAACUGCUUCAGACUCAACCUUCUCAGCUCAUCUCCGGCCAAGUGGCCUCAGAGCAUGUCAUGUUGAACAGAAACUCUUCCAACAUGCUCAGGACCAACCAAGCAUAUUCUGGACAGAUGCUGAACAACCAGAAUGCCGCCGUCCAGUUGGUGUCUGGGCAAACGUUUGCCGCCUCUGGAAGCCCAGUGAUUGUCAAUCAUGCCUCUCCUCAGAUUGUUGGUGGACAGAUGCCCUUGCAGCAAGCGUCACCAACCGUAUUACACCUGUCACCUGGGCAGAGCAGCGUGUCCCAAGGGAGACCUGGCUUCACCACCAUGCCCUCGGUGACCAACAUGUCAGGACCUAGUCGGUUCCCUGUCGUCAGCUCAUCCAGCACUGCCCAUCCUAGUCUUGGGUCUGCGGUUCAGUCGGGUGCAUCAGGAUCAAACUUCACGGGAGAUCAGCUGACCCAGCCAAACAGGACUCCAGUACCGGUCAGUGCGUCUCAUCGUCUUCCAGUUUCUUCUUCCAAAUCUACCAGCACCUUCAGUAACACCCCUGGAGCGGGAACCCAGCAGCAGUUCUUCUGUCAGGCUCAGAAAAAAGGUUUGAAUCAGACUUCCCCCAUAUCCGCUUCCAAGACCACAGAUGGCCUGAGGCAAGCACAGAUCCCUGGCCUCCUGAACACCGCACUGCCAGGGCAGGAUUCUGGAAGCAAAGUUAUACCGGUGUCCUUAGGAACCGCACAGCCACAGCAGGAAAAGGUAGUUGGAUCAUCUCCUGGCCAGCCAGCUGUGCAGGUGGAUAGUCAUUCAGGAGGACAAAAGCGGCCUGCUACAAAACAACUAACUAAAGGAGCUUUCAUUCUCCAGCAGUUACAGAGGGACCAAGCCCACGCUGUGACACCUGAUAAAAGUCAGUUCCGAUCACUAAGUGAUGCGGUGCAGAGGCUACUCUCCUACCACGUGUGCCAGGGCUCCAUGCCCACCGAGGAAGACUUGAAGAAAGUCGACAAUGAAUUUGAAACAGUUGCCACUCAGCUCCUAAAAAGGACCCAAGCGAUGCUUAACAAAUACAGAUGCCUGCUCCUAGAAGAUGCCAUGCGGAUCAAUCCCUCUGCUGAGAUGGUGAUGAUCGAUAGAAUGUUCAACCAGGAGGAAAGAGCUUCUCUGUCCCGAGACAAGCGUCUGGCACUUGUAGACCCUGAGGGUUUUCAGGCUGAUUUCUGUUGUUCCUUCAAACCUGAUAAAGCUGCUCACGAGACACAGUUUGGCCGGAGUGACCAGCAUGGCAGUAAAGCGCCCAGCUCUCUGCACCUGACAGCCAAGGCCCAAAGCCGAGAACCGACGAAUCAUGACCCGUUUCAUCUAGUGCCUAAUCACAUCGUGGUCUCCGCAGAAGGAAACGUUUCUAAAAAAACUGAAUGCCUCGGCAGAGCACUGAAAUUUGACAAAGUGGGCUUAGCACAGUACCGGAGUGCAUCCGAAGAGAAAACAAGCCGGAGAGAGUCCACGAAGGCCAGCGAGUGCUCUCCCGGCCCCGAAGGGCACCGGAAAACCUCAUCCAGACCAGAUCACGGUACUGAGAGCAAACUCUCAAGCAUCCUAGUAGAUUCUCACUUGGAGAUGACGUGUAACAAUUCCUUCCAGGACAAAACUCUGAGGAAUUCUCCAAAGAAUGAAGUUUUACACACAGACAUCAUGAAAGGGUCGGGCGAGCCCCAGCCAGACCUCCAGCUCACUAAGAGUUUAGAAACAACAUUUAAGAACAUCUUGGAACUCAAAAAGGCUGGGCGGCAGCCCCAGAGUGACCCCACGGUUAGCGGCUCUGUUGAGUUAGAUUUCCCCAACUUUUCUCCAAUGGCUUCGCAGGAAAACUGCCUGGAAAAGUUCAUCCCGGACCACAGUGAAGGCAUUGUAGAAACCGACUCCAUUUUAGAAGCAGCUGUAAAUAGUAUCUUAGAGUGUUAAUAGCAGCAGCCCUCCCCCACCCCGCCCCGACACCCCGCCCCGGACAAGUUACAUUCUUUCCUGGCAAAAGCAAAUGGAAGUGUUCUCCUGUCUCCAGCCUGCUUGACCUUUCAUCACAGGUUAUUCUUUCUGAUCUUCAAUCCCAUUCUUUGUUUAAGAGCAAUACUCGUGGUGGUUACAGGGAGAUCCUUUCGUGAAAUUAAUCCUUGUUAGAAAGCAGUCUGAUAGGCCCUACACAUUUCAAGUGUUACAAAAGUGCUUAUAGUCAUUUUCUUUGUGUGUUUGUUUACUUGUUUUAUUAUUACUAUUUUUUUUUUUUUUUUUUU